AUGCAGAAAUCCGGCGCUGCUGCCAGCAUGAAUGGCCUACGGACCGCGGUGCGGGCGGGGAAAGGAACUGUCGCCAACCCAGCCUCAAGACGUCUUCUCUCUGAUGUUACGAUCACCCGGACCGGGAAGCCCAUCAUUCGAACUCAAGGUGGCCGAUCUUCUCUCGGAGGGCACACCGUCACAGUCUUUGGCGCAACUGGAUUCCUGGGGAGAUAUAUUGUGAACCGACUCGCUCGGCAAGGAUGUAAUGUCAUUAUACCAUAUCGGGAGGAGAUGGCAAAGCGUCACCUCAAAGUCUCCGGAGAUUUGGGCAGAGUAACAUUCUUGGAAAUGGACCUCAGAAACACCCCGUCAAUCGAGGAGAGUGUCAGGCAUUCCGAUGUGGUUUACAAUCUCAUCGGUCGCACGUACACCACCAAGAACUUCGACUUUGAGGAUGUCAAUGUAGAGGGAGCCGCACGAAUUGCGGAAGCUGUUGCGAAGUAUGACGUUGAUCGUUUCAUCCAUGUCUCUUCGCACAACGCCGACAUAAACUCGCCUUCCGAAUACUACAAGACGAAGGCCCAAGGUGAAGCUAUCGUCCGUGAUAUCUUCCCCGAAACCACCAUUGUCAGACCGGCUCCUAUGUUCGGAUUUGAAGACCAGCUUCUUCACAAACUAGCUGGUGGCUCAAAUAUUUUGACAUCCAAUAACCUGCAAGAGCGUUACUGGCCAGUUCACGUCGUUGAUGUCGGUAUGGCCCUCGAGAAAAUGUGCCAAGAUGAUAGCACUGCCGAACAGACAUACGAGCUAUACGGUCCCAAGAACUACUCGACGGCCGAGAUUGGAGAAUUGGUAGAUAAGGAAAUUAUCAAACACCGCCGGCAUAUCAAUAUCCCUAAACGCAUCCUGAAGCCUGCCGCCAAUUUACUGAACAAGGCUCUUUGGUGGCACACUCUCAACCCUGAUGAAAUUGAGCGGGAGUUCAUUGACCAGAAGAUCGAUGAGACAGCAAAGACUUUCAAAGAUUUGGAUAUCACGCCAGCUGAGCUGAGCAGCCUCACUUUCCAUUACUUGCAAGGAUACAGAAGUUGGGCAUUCCAGGACUUACCACCUGCCACGGAGCGUGAAAAGAAGGAAGAGAAGCAGUACUUGCAUGUCAUUGACAACCAGUACACACUAUCAAGCGUAUCCCUCUCCGCGCUUCAGGAGUUCUACGCCGAUCGCGAUGAAAGAGAAAAGGAAUAUGAGGAUUUGAAGGUUGAAGUAAAGAGCGAUGGAUUGCUACGCAUGGAGAUUUUCCAGGAGGAUUGGAAUGAGAGUCAAUUUUGGAAGGGAUCGGAACGGGUUGUGGGUCAAGGGUUUUCUUGGCUUGGCCGCGAGAGAGUUGUCAAAUAUGGAAUGCUGAAUGAUGGUGAUGAUGGCGAUGCUAAUGAGAGCAACGAACAGUAUUCCGAUGAAACGGCAACCAUCUUAGCAGAAGAGCUCCUUCGCGACGCGACUGAGCAUACGACCAUCACAGUGGUGUCUGCGCCGAGCGUGUUCGUCCAGAUCAAGAAUAUUUUGACAAAACGAAAUGUCCCGGCCCAUCUUCGCCCAAGGAUUCACCUCCUGGAGUUCGACAAGCGCUUCGAGGUCUUCCCCGAAUUUGUGUUCUAUGAUUUCGGGAAUCCGUUGAAGCUACCACCUAGCUUGAAAGGUUCCGCCGACAGGAUAAUCGUGGAUCCCCCGUUUCUGAGCGAGGAUUGCCAAACCAAAGCUGCGUUGACAGUUCGUUGGUUGGCCAAGUCUUGGCCAGAACCACAAUCAAGCGCCAAGAAGGAGGAUUUACGACUCGUUAUCUGUACAGGCGAGCGUAUGGAAACGCUGAUCAAGAAACUCUAUCGUCCGCCGGGGAUACAGACCACGGAUUUCGAGCCGGCGCAUUCGAAAGGGCUGGGUAAUGAGUUUUACUGCUACGCGAAUUUCGAGUGUGAGGACUGGAAGUGGAAGGUUGAUCAGGACUGA